AUGUCGAGCCAAACAUCAAGAUCAAGGCACUCUGGAUCUUCAAGGAUCACAGAAGAUCAAAUCAACAAUCUCAUCUCCAGGCUUCAACAACUUCUUCCCGAGAUGCACAAUAGGCGCUCUGACAAGAAGUCGGCAACCAAAGUGUUUCAGGAGACAUGCAACUAUAUUAGAAGCAUGCACAGAGAAGUUGAUGAGUUGAGUGAGAGGCUGUCUGAAUUGCUUGAAAACGCAGACACAACUCAAGCUGAUCUUAUUAGAAGCUUACUAAUGCACUAGCUAGUUUGAAUAUAUUUUUCCGACUUUGAAUU